GCAAAAUACGUCUCCUUAAAACAAGCCUGAAUCAAAAUUAAACCAAUUCUUUCUUUCCCGUCUUUCACUCUCAGCCUCUCCUUCUUCGUUUCCUAAAACUCCUUUUUUUCUUUGGCUCUAUCUUUAGAUUAUUUUUUUCCUUUUUCUCUUCCUCAGAUCUCUCCUUUCAUUGAUCCUCUGUUUUAUUAUCUCUCUCUCUGAGGUUGUUUUUCGGAGAAGGAAUCGUGUAAAACCCUUCUUUCAAAUCUACCAAAAUUCUCAGAUUUUUUUUUCCUUAGGUUUUGUGUGUUUUUUUGCAUGGUCUAGUGGAUGAUGAUAACGUUUGUUUUCUGAAAUUUUAGUGUUUUUUUUUAUUAUUAUUGUGACGUUUCUGGGUACGAUAAUAUAGAAAAUUUUAUAAAUUAUUUGGGUCAAAUGAUAAUAGUGGCCAACGCGUCGGUGUCUUAGGGUUUACUUUUUUUUUUUUAAUAUAAAUUUUCUUGUUGAAUUAUUGGCUUUUCACAUUUUGGAAUUCGAUUUUCUAAAACAAUAUUGAAAAUUUCAACGCUCUAAUUGAAGAGAAUUUUAGCUUGUGGAAUUUUUUUCUGGUACUAUAUUAUGUCAUACUAGAAUCUGUAGUGUCAGAAGAACGUGUGCUGGGGUUGGUGUAAUAGUUUAAAAAAAAAAAUCUUACAAAAAAAAAUAAAUAAAUAAAAUUCAGCCUCUCUGAUCAUUUUUUGUUUUUUAAUCAUUGUUUACAAAUUUGCUAAAUUCUCUUUUAGUAAAAAAAAAAUUGAUGAUGAUGAAAAUUUUGAUUAGUUCUGGGGUUGUGUUUGGUGAUUACUUGAACCAAGAAGUCUGAUUGAAUUUUUAGGGGUUGCUUUGAGUUGUGUCUCUGCGUGUUUGGAGAUUGUUUCACAAGGAAGCAAAAGCAGACAUGGAAACAAGAAACGAGACAAAAGCUUCACCGGAAAACAACCUCAGAAACAGAGGAGGAGCUGUUGGGAACAACAGCAAGAAAGACAUGAUUUUCCGAGCUGACAAGAUCGAUUUGAAGAAUUUAGACAUCCAGCUUGAGAAACAUCUGAGUAGGGUUUGGUCGAGAAGCAUUGAGAAGAACCCUAAGCCUAAAGAAGAGUGGGAAAUCGAGUUGGCUAAAUUGGAGAUGAGGAAUGUUAUUGCUCGUGGUGCUUAUGGUAUUGUCUACAAAGGCAUCUAUGAUGGCCAAGAUGUUGCAGUGAAAGUGCUUGAUUGGGGAGAAGAUGGUUACGCUACAGCGGCUGAGACUUCUGCUCUUCGUGCUUCAUUCCGUCAAGAAGUUGCGGUUUGGCACAAACUUGACCAUCCUAAUGUCACAAAGUUUGUGGGAGCAUCAAUGGGAACAACGAAUUUGAAGAUACCUUCAUCAGCUGAGACACAGAACUCGUUGCCUCAGCGAGCUUGUUGUGUCGUUGUAGAGUAUCUUCCUGGUGGAACGCUUAAGCAGUAUUUGUUCCGAAACAGGCGCAAGAAACUCGCUUUUAAAAUCGUGGUUCAACUCGCUCUCGAUCUUGCCCGAGGGCUAAGUUAUUUGCAUUCGGAGAGGAUUGUUCAUCGCGAUGUGAAAACAGAGAAUAUGCUAUUGGAUUAUCAGAGGAAUUUAAAAAUUGCUGAUUUUGGGGUAGCUAGAGUUGAAGCUCAGAAUCCAAAGGAUAUGACUGGAGAAACUGGAACUCUUGGAUACAUGGCUCCAGAGGUUCUUGAUGGUAAGCCAUACAACAGAAGAUGCGAUGUUUACAGCUUUGGGAUAUGCUUGUGGGAGAUUUAUUGUUGUGACAUGCCUUAUCCUGAUCUCAGCUUUGCUGAUGUCUCUUCUGCUGUUGUUCGUCAGAAUUUGAGACCGGACAUUCCAAGAUGUUGUCCAACAUCGUUGGCCAUCAUAAUGAAGAGAUGUUGGGAAGCAAACCCGGAGAAGCGACCGGAAAUGGAGGAAGUGGUGAAGAUGCUUGAAACUGUUGACACCUCUAAAGGUGGCGGAAUGAUCCCGGAAGAUCAAAGACCUAGUUGUUUCUGUUUUGUCUCUGGUCGUGGUCCGUAAAUUUACCCUUCUUCUUCUACUUACUUACCUUCACAUUGAAUUUUCAAUUUUGGAGCAAUGCUCUGUUUUUUUUUUCUUUCUUUAAUCUCUCAAGGUGAAAAAGGUUUUCAAUUAUAACAAAAAUAUAUUAUAACUAUUCUUUCUGUCACUGUGAUUAUAAAUAUUUUCGUUUGGUCCAA